UUGUCUACCUUAUUCAGCGUGAAGGACGGCGUGUUCCGGCAAUACGUAGGUCCUCGUGACAAGCAGGAUUUCAUCCACUUCAUCCAGGACAAAAAAUGGACGGUCGUUGAGCCCGUUUCAGCCUGGAAGUAUCCGGAUUCUGUUCAAAUGAGCGUCGUCGCAUGGUUUUUUCGACUCAGCAUGGCCGUCCGCGACUUCCACAAUCUCUUGACCGAAAAACACGGUGUCCCUUCCUGGGCAUCCUACGCGAUGUUUGGAAUGGUGACUUUGAUCCUCGGGUGCAUUCUCGGCUUCGUAAACAAAUUAAAAACUGAGGAUGAUAAUGAGGAAGAAAUGGAUUGUGAAGGCGAGGCAAAGGACGAGGACAGCGAGAGUAAUAGAAAAAUAAAAGUGACGAGGAAUACAAAUAUGACGAUUACCACGGGACCGAAAGAUAUGCUGUAGAA